GCGAGCGAGCUGCUGCGGGUUCAGGGCUGGAGCGGUUUAGUCGGAACCGACCUGAGCUCGGCCGGUUGCAGCCGGAAGCCGCUGUCCGGACGCCGUUCUCUCAUGUUUAAAGGUUAAAGCCGGAGUUCGGGUGCAGAAGAGACGGCGCUGUGUCAGUAAACGGUGAGAAAUCCCUCCCUGGAGGCUGGAAGUGUCGCCGCUGAAUGGUGAAUCCCUGACCAGAAAUCCAUCCACCUCUACUUUCACUGAAGAUCUGACCUUCCAGGACGAACGAUAUCAGAAAUAAAAAGCGGUGUGGUUUUGCUGACCAGCUUCUCACUUCUUGGAUUUAUCUUCAAAACCAUGGGUGUGAUUUUAGAUCUCCUGCGUCUGUGUAGGCAUCAUUAGAUAUCGUCCAGCUUCCUCUGACCGCCGGCCAUCCACGGAAAGGAACAUGGCAAAAAAUGUGACCGACGUCCCAAGGGAGGAUUUAAGCAAAAUCUCAGACGAGGAACUCCUCAGACUCAGCAAAGAUGAGCUGGUUCGAAAGCUCCGCAGAGUCGAUAGCGAAAAGAUCAGCCUAAUGGUGGAGCACGGGAACAUGAUGCGCGACGUGAACCGGAGACUACAGGUUCACCUUCACGAGAUCCGGAAUUUGAAAGAAGUCAACCAGAAGCUUCAGGAUGACAACCAGGAGCUCAGGGAGCUGUGCUGCUUUCUGGACGACGAUCGGCAAAAAGGUAAAAAGCUGUCGCGGGAGUGGCAGCGCUUCGGCAGGUACACGGCCAGCGUGGUCUGGAAGGAGGUCGGAUUUUAUCAGCAGAAACUGAAGGAGCUGGAGCUCAAUCAGGAGACCGUCAUGCGUGAGAACGUGGAGUUAAAGGAGAUCAUCGUCAUGCUGGAGGAGGAGAGGAACGGUGCCGGGUCGAGGAGCUCCAUAGACAGCCAGUCCAGUUUGACCAACCUGAACGGAGGCACGAAUAACGUGAGGGACGUGGGGGAUGGAAGCAGUACAUCCAGUACAGGAAGCGCUGGAAGCCCGGACCACCAUCACGGCCACGGGCAUAAACCUGUCGAGGGCAAGAUGGCAGGCAUUAGAAGAUCUAUGGAUGAUCUAUCGACUAACCACCUCCACAGGAGCAUACCGAAUGGACUAAACGAGUCCUCGAAUUACAUCCGUCAGCUGGAGACGAAAGUCCGGAUUUUAGAGGACGACAACAAGCAGGUUUUCUCCCAGGGGAACGUUGGUGAUUUGAAGACGCUGAAGAAAGGCUUGUCGCUGUAUCACUCCGAGUCCCAGCUCUCGGCGCUUUCCAAGCAGCAAGACGCUCUGCAGAACGGCACUGCUCGACUACCAGGUGGAGAUCUGCCUUCACCCAUCACCCCCUACAUAACGUCCGCUCAGAAACCAGAGGCUCUGGUUCAUGCCAUGAAGGUAUUGGAGGUCCAUGAGAACCUGGACAGACAGAUUCCUGAGGACUACGAGGAGGAUCUCAGUGAGAAAGAGAAAGCGAUCGUGAGGGAAAUGUGUAACGUGGUGUGGCGUAAGCUCGGCGAUGCAGCCGGCUCCAAGCCGUCCAUCCGGCAACAUCUCUCCGGAAACCAGUUUAAAGCCCCGAUGUAGCUCACACACCAACACUCCAGUCCAUCCAGAACCAGCGCAACUCCAGAGCACUUGGGAAAAGAAUCAGCGUACACACCGUGCACCAGCUCCAUGCCAGCAGCCAUGUUUUAGCGUUCAUUAGGGUCAUGCAUUCAGCACAAGCUGACUUUUUUUUACAUGCUGAUAUUUUUUUUGUUUUGUUUUGUUUCGUCUCGUCUCGUCCACUCACCCGACAAGGACUCAAGGCAGCUAGUUGUAUCCGUUACCUAAUGGACGUUAGUUACAAAUCCUGACUUAACACUCCACGAGCUGUUCCACACAGUCAUAAAUGGUCCUCGAGCAUUAUUCAGGAGGAUAAACAUCACGAAGGAUGGAUGCGAAACGAGAUGUAGCAAUCCACCCUCUGUUCCUUCUUUCUCUUGAGAGGUUUACACGAGUACACGCCAGGAUUGCUUCACUCCUUUUCAUCUGCUUCCAUUUUUAUGGAUUUUCCCAAGAGAUAAACACUCAGUGUUCGAAAGAAACCAGUCAGUGUUUUCUUAACCCAAAUGGACGUCGAACAUAUAAAAAACAGCCCUCCUUGGCUGUUUGGGACAAAUUACAGACGAUUAUUUUCAUUCGGACGAACUCGACUCCAUCUCACCCUAUACAGUGUCAUUUCUGAUUGUUAAGGCAUUUUAUUUUCAACCAAUUUGACAAUCUUUUGUAAAUGAUAAACUAUUAAAGCUAUAUGAACUUAUGCAGUUAGACCCUUUAACGCCGAGUAAGGUGGCUUCGCAUUGGCUAAUUACCGUACGUGGUCUUGUGUACAAGCGCUCCUCUACUAAUGAAGCUUUAGAUCCAGCACAGACGUCUGAACCGAGGUUGGUCGUUAAAUUCUGUCUGAGCAGAACAGUAUGAGGUUUUAAUGUUGUCUGAGAACACGUAGCUCAGUCGUUUCCGCUGCGAGACUCUCCGUACGUUCAUACUAGCAAACAAAACGACAAAGAAAUGAUUUCUAUCAAGCGACAUUUGAAUUGAGAUUUGAUCAUUUCUAUGCAAAUUAACGUAUGACGCACAGCUAAAAUGACAAAUCCAAACGAUCGGUUCGAAUGAUUGAUUCUUCAGGCCGCCUGUUGUGGUGCGACGUUCCUUAAAAUGUCACGUAAACCAAACACCAGUUUUUUUAGAAGCUAAAUAUAGCUACUACAGUUUCCUGUUUCUCAUUGGAACUAAAACAAACACAAAAAUCAGGCCACGCCUACAAGAAACAAACUACACGUGACGCAAAACGCUAGUGUGAACGUUAGAUCAGGGCUGGUUUAUGAGAUCUCGAGGCAACCGUUCUGUCGUACAUGUACAGUACAUGAGAUUCAGCAGAGUCACGUAUGAAGUUUUGAGCAAAUGUAUGCUGUUUAAAGGUGCGGUUUGUAAUUUGCAAGCGUUUGUAUUAUACGUGGUUAUAUUUCAUGUAGAAUAGCUUAUGAAAACUGUUUGAAAUAGGAAAACCUUGCUUCGAAUUGGAUCUCAUUGUUUUUUUUUUAUUUCAGCUUUUAAUUUAUACUUUUCUGGCCCUGAAAUAGGCUCCGCCCCCAGACAGAACAGCACUACUCAGGCCGGGUUCUGCCACUUUCCGUAAAAAGGAAGCUAUCAAGGUAUUUGUAGUUCCACCCGAGGAGGCGGGUUGAUUUGUAAAGUUUUGAUUGCAGCGCCCGAAAAGUGACGAACUGCACCUUUAAUCUCUUCGCUGCGUGUGGGGAAACUCGGUACUGCCAUCAAAGAUAUUUGCUGCAUUUGUGCAAAGCUCUAAUCAGAGCGAAGUGUUUUUAAAACGCGUGAAGUCUGAAUGUUAUUUAUCCGUGCUCUGAUUUUUCUCUCACAAAAGCUGACGAUCAAUUUCAUUUCCGGCAGCUCAGGAAAUUUUGCUCAUCACAAGUCUUCAUGAUGGGAAAGAGACAGUGUGGGAACGGUGAGGAGAGAGCGUAUCAUGGUCAUGUGGCUAACGGGAAUUCCACCAGAACGUCAGAUCUUUCAGAAGAUCUGUGGAUUUCUUUACACAAAUAUGGAGAGAUGUGAUUUUAGCGCUAAAAAUGAACCAAUAUACAGUAUAGCAUUCAUAGCAGUCAUCAAAGAGGAGUGGGCUUUUUUUUUUUUUUUACUGAAAGCUGUAAAUUUAUAAAAAUAUUCAUUGGAUAUAAAAAAAAGAUCAAAUCUGAGAGCAUGCCUCACGAAUAAUUCUUUCAGAACGUCAAUGGAGACACCAAGUACGGAAUAUUUAACAGUUAUUCCACGAAAUCUCGUCGUACACGAGCUGAUAGCCGACGAAGGCAUAGCGCCAAGUCGGCUAUAAACCACGUACGACCAGAUUGAGUGGAAUAACUGUUUUAUUCUAUCCACAUUCACUGGAUUUUGAGAAACAGAGCGUUUUGAUUUUUAUUCUCUGCAAAUUCGAUUCAUAAAAACUAAAUACAAAACAUCCGACAAAAUCAUUUCCGCUCAGAAUGUAAACAAACCGGCGGAAUGACAGUCGCGAUUUGUGAAAAAUGCGAUAUUAAUAAUAAUUAUAAAAUAUAAAUAUAAAUAUUUAUAAAAAUAAAAAAGAGAAGUUCUUACCAUCAAAUACUUUCAUUAUAUAUUUCGUUGCUUUUUUUUUUGUAUUUUGUUUUCAAAUAGAGUUUUUAUUUCAUCCUCGGUUGGUUCAAUAAAACACGCCGCCGCCAUUUUCUUUUUCUUCUUCUUCUUCUUUAGGGUUUUUUUUGGUGGUUGGCAAACCAACUUAAAGGUGCAUUACUGCCACCGACUGGGCUGGAGUGUGGAACAGGUGAUAUUGGGGGGAAAAAUAUAUUCUUUUAGCUAUUUCUAAUUCUUUUAAAUACUUGAUAACAGAGUGAUAUAUCUGACUUGAUGCGCACCGCCAUUUUGUUUUUCUCUACUCACUGUAUAUGAGUUGAUAUCCUAGUAGCCAAUCAGAGCGUGCGAUUGCUCAUAUCCAGUGAAUGUGGAUAGAAUAAACCACUUUAUACUGGUGUUGCAGGAAAAUAAUGAAGUUUUGGGCCAUGUGACCUGCAUAUGACCCUGGAGUUGCUUAUUUUCCUGUAACAGCACAUCCUGAAGUGUUUUUUUUUUCGUCUAAUACUGCAGCAAUAUACAAAUUGUAUUUAUUAAAGUAUGAAAAGUUGUACUUUUUAUCAGUUUAUCGUUCCAUUUAAUGUAACAAGUCGUUUCUGAUUCUCAUUUCCGUUAAACAGUCGUCCUGUGAACAGCCUCUGUUCUUUUAAUAAGACAAAAAAAAAAGCAGCUUGUGACGUUACCGAGAAACCAGACGUCCUCCAUACCGAAAACAUCUCAUCUCAUUAUCUCUAGCCGCUUUAUCCUGUUCUACAGGGUCGCGGGCAAGCUGGAGCCUAUCCCAGCUGACUACAGGCGAAAGGCGGGGUACACCCUGGACAAGUCGCCAGGUCAUCACAGGGCUGACACAUAGACACAGACAACCAUUCACACUCACAUUCACACCUACACUCAAUUUAGAGUCACCAGUUAACCUAACCUGCAUGUCUUUGGACUGUGGGGGAAACCGGAGCACCCGGAGGAAACCCACGCGGACACGGGGAGAACAUGCAAACUCCACACAGAAAGGCCCUCGCCGGCCCCGGGGCUCGAACCCGGACCUUCUUGCUGUGAGGCGACAGCGCUAACCACUACACCACCGUGCCGCCUGCAGAAAACGUAUCAGAUCAAUUUCACAUUUUUACCUUUUUACACAUCUCUUUACAAACGCUGUUACUGUGGGUAGAAAUCAUAACACGUCAAGACCUUCGAACCAAUCAGAAUCGAGAAUUUUAAAAGCGCAGUGCAAAGGCAAACUGCAGUAUUUGCAUUUUGUGUCGGAUGUACAGGUACUGCAGUUUGCCUUUGCACUGCAGUUUAUUGUUUUCUGUAGCAUGAAGAACGACUGAAAUGAAUUAAAAUAACUUUAGGCUGGAAGUGUAGCAUCCAAAAUAUCCCAGAAAUCUGUGUUGGGAACCUGGAGGAAAGGGUUUGACGUGAAUGAGUCAGACAUUUCUGGAACAUCAGGAGCUCUCUGGGACACACACACACACACAGGGAGCACAUGAGCAAAGUUCUUCAGUGAAGUAAAAUAAUUCGAGAAGCCAUAAUAUUUUUUGCGUUUUUAAUUACUGUACGUCAGAGAUGAAAUGUUUCGCAAAGUCUGAAAUGUCAGAUUCUCCUUGUUGUAAAAGCACGUUCUCGGUGCUGAUCUGUGGUGGGUUUCCCAAAACCACUAAGAGCGUCUUAACUCGGAGAGAGAGUGUUCAUUGUGCUGCUCGCUCGAUCAUUUAACAACCAUCUUUGUGCUACGAUGCUUUUGGGAAACUCAGCACUGUUGGAAAAUCAGACGAAUUUUCUGGGUUUGUUCGUGAGCCAAGAUGCAGCAGGUGGCUUUUGGCAGUCUUGUGUUUUUAUUUUUUAUUUCUUAUGUCUGGGAUGUGAAUGAACAAAAACAAGCAGCAAUCAUUUGAAAGAUAAAAAAAAAUCUUUUCUAUUUUGAUAUCUCUCUGAAAAAUAAAAAAGAUGCUCGAAAAGAUGAGUGGUGAACAUUUGAACUAUUUUUUAGAGGAAAGUGUCCUUCCUGUCCACGUCGUCCAAACUACUGAUUUUUGUUGUUGUUGUUGUUUGCAUUUGUUCAUUUGAAAGCACCAAAAAAUUCCAUAAUUUCCGGACAGAUAUUUUCCUCAUAUUACUUUCAAAUGCACUGCUUGGUUUGUGAGCGAGGACGUGACGUGAUGACGUGAGGAUCUCGAAUUCAAACCCGUGUUUGUGCCACCCGAGCAAACUGUUGUAGGAGAACUUGCUGUGUAAAUACCUCUUCCCUGUAGAAUACCUGUAACUAGCAUGCGUUUAUAUAUAUAUAUAUAUUUUUUUUUUUCAUAAGAACUGUACUGUAGGUUUUGUUUAGGAAAUGAAAAGCUGUCGAGAUGAAACUCAGUGCACUUCCUGUAGAUGAUUGAAAAUAAAAUGGACACUCUUUGUAAA